AUGCCUGCUGCCAUCUUGCCCACCAGGAGCGCCGACAUGGCGCCGGGGCUCCUGAGCGCAGCGCUGUUGCUUCUGGGGGGCGCUCUCACAUGCUCAGAGCACUACUCGCUCUCCUCGCGGGAACAGGCCGGAGGUCGGGGAUGGCCUGAGGCCGUGAGUAGGAGGCCCAGGGCGCAGAAGGCGCACCAGGCCCCGGAAGAGGAAGGGUUGGACGCAAAGGAUUGUGGAACAGCACCACUUGCAGCUAUGUUCAAGGGGUCUCGGAUUGUAGGGGGCACAGAAGCUCAAACUGGCGCAUGGCCAUGGCUAGUUAGCCUACAGAUUCAAUCUGGCAAACAUCUUGCUCAUGUAUGUGCAGGAAGCUUAGUGAAAAAUACAUGGGUCCUCACAGCUGCCCACUGCACUAAGGACACUAGAGAUCCUGUAAUGUGGAGAGUUAUGAUUGGAACUAAUGAUAUAGAUGGGAGUCAGCCACACACCAAGAAGAUGAAAGUUAAAGCAAUCAUUAUCCAUCCAGACUUCGAUGUGGAAUCUUAUGAAAAUGAUAUCGCACUUUUUCAUUUAAAAAAAGCAGUGAGUUAUAAUGAUUAUAUUCAGCCUAUUUGUCUACCUUUUGGUGUUUUCCAAAGACUGAACCAAAACACAAAGUGUUUUAUAAGUGGCUGGGGAAGAACAAAAGAAGAAGGUAAUAUUACAAAAAAAUUACACGAAGCAGAAGUGCAUUAUAUUUCUCGAAGUUUUUGUAGUUCUGACAAGAGUUAUGGGGAUAUAAUUCCUAACACUUCGUUUUGUGCAGGUGAUGAAGAUGGAGUUUUUGAUACUUGCAGGGGUGAUAGUGGUGGACCAUUAAUGUGCUACUUACCAGAACAUAAACGAUAUUUUGUAAUGGGAAUUACCAGUUACGGAUAUGGCUGUGGUCGAAAAAACUUUCCUGGUGUGUAUAGUGGGCCAUCCUUCUACCAAAAGUGGCUGACAGAUCACCUCGACCAGGCAAGCAAUGAAGGCAUAUUUAAUAUAAAUACCCUACCUGGACAGAUCCUUGUAGCCUUAGGUUCUGUUGUCUUACUAGCAGCUCCAUGA